CUAUUGGCUACCCGCAAACAUGUUUGUUUCUGCAUUUUAUAGGACUGUGUAACACUUUAUAAUUUGCCAUGUAAAGAUUAUUUUCAUUUAAGUUAUUAAUAUCACUUUUCUUAUAUUUUAUAUCCUUAAGCUAAAAUAUAGAAAUUAUACCCGUUUUAUGAUUUUUACUUAACAUUGUGAUAUGGUGAUAAUGACUUGUUAUCGUAUUGUUCUAAUUUAUUUAAUAUUUGCAAUAAUAUGUGUGAAAACCGAAGAGGAAACUGUGCAGAAAAUGACAAAGGCUGAAAGAAUAAGCUUAAGGGAAGAAUCAAGGCUUAUGUUUUAUCAUGCCUACAAUGCAUACAUGGAUAAUGCAUAUCCAGCUGAUGAAUUAAUGCCCCUUAGCUGUAAGGGAAGAUGGAGAGGUGUUACCCCCAGUCGAGGGGAUAUGGAUGAUGUUUUGGGCAAUUUCUCACUAACAUUAGUAGACAGUUUGGAUACAUUAGCUGUUAUGGGAGAUUUCUCAGAAUUCAGUCGGGCCAUAAAGCUGGUCAUACGUGAUGUAACAUUUGAUCAUGAUAUUAUUGUGUCAGUUUUUGAGACAAACAUCAGGAUGAUUGGAGGUCUGUUAUCUGCCCACGUCCUGGCCAUGGCUCUGAAGACUGAAGUUCCAGCUUUACAAUGGUACAAUGGGGAAUUAUUGGCUAAAGCUGAAGAUUUGGGUAAACGACUUUUACCAGCGUUUAAUACCUCCACUGGGAUACCUCAUGGCAGAGUAAAUCUUCGACACGGUGUCCGAUGGAUGACAGAAUCGCGUGAAACAUGUACUGCUUGUGCAGGAACUAUGAUAUUAGAGAUGGCAGCACUAUCUCGUCUAACAGGCAACCCUAUAUUUGAGCAAAAGGCCCAUAAAGCUAUGGACGGCUUGUGGAAGAUAAGACAUAGGACAUCAGACCUCAUGGGAACAGUCAUAAAUAUCCACUCAGGUGACUGGGUGAGGAAAGACUCCGGAGUCGGCGCAGGGAUUGAUUCCUACUACGAGUAUUGUCUGAAGGCCUACAUUUUAUUAGGCGAUGAAAAGUAUCUGGCAAGAUUUAUAAGACACUACAAUGCGGUCAUGAAGUAUAUAAGCAGGGGUCCUAUUAUGCUGGCCGUACACAUGCAUAGGCCACAUCUGCAAUCGCGGAAUUUCAUGGAUGCUCUGCUUGCCUUCUGGCCUGGUCUUCAAGUACUCCUUGGUGAUGUGAAACCAGCCGUCGAAACUCAUGAGAUGCUGUACCAAGUAAUGCAACGACAUACAUUCAUACCAGAGGCGUUUACCAGUGAUUUUCAGGUUCACUGGGGCCAGCACCCUUUGCGGCCGGAAUUUCUAGAAUCCACCUAUUUCCUCCAUCGAGCCACAGAUGACGACCACUAUCUCCAAGUCGGCAAAACAGUUUUAAAAGCGCUGCAGCAGUACACAAGAGUGCCAUGCGGUUACGCAGCUGUCAACGAUGUCAGGACGAGACUCCAUGAGGAUAGAAUGGAUUCUUUCGUCCUGGCCGAGACAUUCAAAUAUUUGUUCAUGCUAUUUGGGGAAGACAAAGAUUUGCCGAUAAAGUUGGAGGAUUAUGUGUUAACUACUGAGGCACACUUUCUUCCACUCUGGCUUGCCACAGAUGGGAAGAACUCGACUUUGAACAUCCGGAUGGAUGAUGAAGAUGAUAAGUUUAGAAAAACAUGCCCGAACACAGCAACCCUAGAUUCUGAAAAGGUCCGACGUCCGAUGCGACAAAUGUUAGGAUCGUCCGCGGCCCGACCACCCGCGAGGCUGCUGCCUUUGAACGAUCCGAGGCAAAUUCACGCUUUGUCCGAUAUGGGAAUAUCGGUCUUAACGCUGCCAGACGGAAGGGUACAAUUGCUCUAUACUACUAAUACGGCGAAAUCAGCAAAAGACGCCGCCGAGGGAUUGACGUUUAUGCGUGAAAUGUCCAAAUGGAACUCUUUAAGCGAAAUGGAAAAUGGUGUCAUCGCUGCCGGUGUGAAAUUUAACGAGAAAAUUUAUCCGGCUGGCCCAGGCCUCUUCGGAAAAGAGAUUACGGGAAACGAACGUUAUAUGGGUACUGCUGUGUACGUCAUACCAAACGAUGCCUGCUCACAAAUAGAGAACAGUCAUGAAAUAGAAGGAAAAAUAGCUAUAGCAACACGUGGUCAAUGCACGUUCGCCCAAAAAGUCAGAAACAUCCAAGAAACAAAUGCUCAACUUGUUAUAAUUCUGGACAACGUCAAGGAUUCGUCACACGAGAGCACAGCACUUUUCGCGAUGUCCGGAGACGGAAAGAACGACAUACGAAUACCAGCCGUAUUUCUUUUCAGUAAAGAAGGAAACGCUUUGAUCGAAGCGUUGAACAAUGACCCGGAAGAAUUCAUAGUGAUCGGCGAAUUUAAAUCCAUGAAGCAAGAAUUUGAGAACACGUGUGAGGAUAAAGAUUUGGAACCAGUUCAAGAUAAAGAAUCUUUUGACCAUUUAAAGAAAGUCCUGAGUCAGCUGGUGGCUCAAUUUGAACUCACCCUAUCGAGUGACGACCAGAAGAACUGUGAAGAACCAACUGAUGCCUAUCUAACCAAUAAACAAGAGGAGAAAGUAUGCAAAGUUGCUUCGGAUGACGGCGAUUGAUGUUUGUGUAAAUGUGUAUAUAGUGUGUGUAAAUAAGAAGUAAUGUGUGCCUUGAUAUUCAAGUACAUCCGACCUGUCACGCUGUGUACAUAUCUUUUUAUAUUCGUUUGAAAGACACUUUGCAAUAUUUUUAUAGUUAGCUGCAAAUAAAUGCGCCUGUUGAAGAUUAUUACCGUUAUUACAGGUAGAUUUCAUCACAAAAUUCUCUUUGUAUAAAGUCUAAAUGAUUUAAUUCCCUUCACCCACACAAAUCUACCUGUAAAAUUGUUUGUAUUUUAUGCACGAAUAAUUCAGAAACAAAUGUUGUGAUAUGGUCUAAUAAUUCCUGUUUUCCAAUAAUAAUGUAUAGUAAUGUUUUAUUAAAUAUAUUGCAAGUUUUAAUCAUUGUAUAUUUAAUUAGGAUUAAUGAGGAGAUUGCCCAAUUUAAUACAGUAGACUGGCCAUGACUUCGUUAUUUAUUAUACUUUGCGUACACAUUUGACACAGCUACACUAUUACUAGGGAAUUUAUUAUAUUUUUAAAUAAAUACCACGUUAUAAAAAAAUCUUUCAACACCUUUUUAAUUAGGAUAAUACAUUUUAAAAGACGAAAAUCGGUCGGGUGCCGAGUACAAAUGGCAGACGUUAGUUCCUGAAACGCGACCGAGGCUGUAUUUAUUGGUGGAGACGCUCUACCCAGACCGACUAUUACCAGAAUUUUCUCACCAGUGGGCGAUGGUGUCGUUACUUCCCUACCCUAAUAUGAUUAGCAAAAAAUACUUAUUAAUAGAAAACCCCUAAAAUGUACUGCCAUUGAUACAAUUAUUAUAGUCGUAGGUAUAAGUAGAUCAAUGACUUGGGCAAUCUUCUUGAGAAACAUUGUCCAAGGUACAUACUUAACACCUAUGGUAAUAAAUAUAAGGUUAUUUGAGCCCGUGAUGAUUUCAAAUUUAGCUCUUUUUAAACUACGGGCACGGAUAAUUUAGUGGAUUGAUAAAUAAGCUUAUAUUUAAAGAUUUGUGGAUUUUUUCUUGCAAUUUUGUUGUAUACAAAAUCUGUCUGCAAGAAAAAAUAUAUUUUUUUUAAUGCAUUAUUUAUGAAUAAAAAUUUAGUUAACAAACCAAA